AUGGCCGACUCCGAACUUGCAACCAAGGCUCCUGAAUCUGAUGCCAUGGAAGUGCAAGUCGAACCCUCCGCCAUCUCAUCCACUGAUUCAAAGGCUCAAGCUGGUCCCAGCAUGGGAGAACACUGCGUGACAGACCGCCCUGCACCGGGCAAUCGUCAGCCGUCCGGCGAAAUGUCCAAGAUGGGUGACGUGGAUGUCUACAUCUCGAAACCGGCGGACUAUCCAAACACCCCAGCCAACCUACUCUUACUUCUUACCUCUGGCACGGGUGUGCACUCAGUGAACAAUCAGGUUCAAGCAGACAUGUUCGCCGCCGAAGGCUUUGUGGUGAUCAUGCCGGACCAAUUCAAUGGUGAUCCGGCACCGAGCUCCAACAAGACCACCAUGCCCACCUCUCCCGUUUCUCCCGGUGAGCCACCUCAAAGUCCGAGCAUUCUCGAACGAAUAAAGCUUGGUGCCGCGGAGACGGCCAAAUCAUUCCUCGUGGACAUGUGGCUGGCUCGCCAGACCCCGGAGAAAGUACUUCCCAUCCUGCUCAAGGUGAUUGAGACAUGCAAGGACGAAUAUGCGGAUGCAGUUGCCCAUGGACAAGGAAUCUAUAGCGUGGGAUACUGCUUCGGUGGGAAGUAUGUGAUUAUGCUAGCCGGCGAGCAUACUGAUCCCCCUAUGCAAGGGUCAGGAGCGAAGGAUGAAGAGCAGGGGAUGAUCAAGAAGGGGCCGCUUAUUAAGGCGGGCGCUGUAGCACACGCGACAUUGGUGACGCGUGAGGACUUCAAGGCCGUUAAGGCGCCCCUGACGAUGGUUUGUGUCGAGAACGACCCUCUACUCCCCGACGAAGUGCUGGAAGUUGGUCGAAAAUACCUUGCAGCCAGCAGCAUAGAGCAUGAGAUUAAGACAUACCCUGAGGUACCGCAUGGAUUUGCGGUCUAUGGAGAUUACGAUUCGCCUGUAAUCGAAAGGGCCCAGGAAGCGGCUUUUCAACAAAUGCUGAACUGGCUUAAAUCGCACUAG